AACUCAAAGACGGGCACUUCAGCUGAAGGACUUACACUGGCAUCUUGUGCUGCAGACAUGGACUCGACCAGUGACAAGCUUUUCUGCUGCAGGUGGGUGCGCCGCAGGGUUCCCCAGGCCCACAGAGAGGAACUGUACCACAUCCUGAGGAUGACCGGGCCUCUGUUGCUCUCUAGAAUCCUCAAUUACCUGCUUCCAUUUGUGGUUACAAUGUUCUGUGGUCGUCUGGGAAAUGAAGUGAUGGCUGGCUAUGGAUUAGCUUCAGCUACCAUUAACGUUACCACUGCAGCAACAGGAUUUGGUUUGGGACUGGCGUGUGAUACUUUAGUAUCUCAGACAUUUGGUAGUAAGAACCUGCUGCGGGUGGGAGUCCUCCUUCAGCGGGGCAUCAUCAUUCUCCUGAUAUUCUGUCUGCCCUGCUGGGCCCUCCUCAUUAAUGCUCGGGCCGUCCUGCUGUGCCUGGGUCAGGACCCUGAGGUGACCAGAAUAGCCCAGCUGUACAUCACAGGCUUCCUUCCUGCAGUACCAGCAAUGUUUCUACAAUUUCUUCAGGUGUCUUACCUGCAGAACCAGGGUAUAAUACUGCCACAAAUGUACACUUCCGCCAUGGCAAACAUAGCAAAUGUGGUGACAAACUACGUCUUUAUUUACUGUCUGGAUCUGGGCGUUAGUGGCUCUGCAGCAGCUAAUGCUCUGGCUCACAUUUACAACUGCACUUUUCUGUUUGCUUACAUUCGCUGGAAGAAGCUCCAUGUAACAACAUGGGGAGGCUGGUCUUUAGAGUCACUGCAGGAGUGGGGCUCCUACAUGAAAUUGGCCAUUCCGAGUGCAUUAAUGAGAUGCUUUGAGUGGUGGGUUUAUGAGUUUGGUGGAUUCUUUGCAGGAAUGCUGAGUGAAGAUGAGCUGGCAGCCCAACAUGCUGUCAUAAUGGUGGCUUUCUUAACCUACAUGUUCCCUCUUGGUAUUCAAGCUGCAACAUGUGCCCGAGUGGGUAAUGCCCUCGGCGCAGGAGACACUGCCCGGGCCAUCCUCACCUGCAAGGUAUCCCUGACUCUCGCAGGUGUCUUUGCAGUUGCUGAAGGUCUUGUGCUCGGUUCUGCUAAAAGCAAGAUUGGCUUCAUCUUCACCUCUGACGAGAAGAUCAUAGGUCUGGUCUCACACUUGAUGAAUGCUUACUGUUUCCUUCAGUUCUUUGAUGCUCUUGUGUGUGUGUGCACGGGCAUCUUCUUGGGCACAGGCAAACAGAAGAUACCAGCUGUGGCUAAUCUCAUUGGAUACUACUGCAUAGGACUCGCUCUGAGUGUCACUUUAAUGUUUGUUGCAAAACUGAGAAUUUUAGGUUUUUGGCUGGGACUGCUUGUUUGUGUCAUCCUACAAUCCACCUUCUACAUAAUUGUCAUCUUCAAGCUCAACUGGAAGCAAAUAACAGAUGAGGCUGUGGUCCGUGGACAGAGAAACUUACACAUGACAUUAUCAAGUGCAGCUGCCCAGUCAGACACUUCAGUGGACGGCUACAUGUCCGUGAGCACUGAGUGCCAUGACGGGAACACGGAGAUGCAGGGUGGACAUGUGGUCCAGGAGCUGAAGGCUGGCCAUCUCUCUGUCACACAGCUGAUCCUCAGGCGAGGCUUCACUAUGUUUGUAGCAGUUGGACUUCUAGCCGUGGGAGCAAGUGUGCGCCUCCUCGUCCCAGAGACUGCGCCUUUAGAGGCCAACUUCACUUUGGCCUGCAUCAAUGCUACACAUACUCCUAAUCAAAUUUUCUCUACUGUGCUGGUCCAGAAUGAAGAGUAACACCUUGAC